AUGAGUCCUCCCAAAUUCACCUCUGCAAUCGCCACCACCAAGACCACCUCACACGGUACUCCCAGGUUCACUUCUGCGAUUGCCAGCACCAAGAUCACUUCACAGAGUACUCCCAGUUUGACUUCUCUGAUCACGACCACCGGGACCAGCUCACACAGUACCCUCGGCUUAAGUUCUUCAGUCGACACCACCAAGACAACCUCACACAGUACUGCCAGCUUCACUUCUUUGAUUGCCACUACUGAGACCACAUCACACAAUACUCCUGGCUUCACUUCUUCCAUCGCCACCACCGAGAUCACCUCACACAGUACUCCCAGCUUCACUUCUUCAAUCACCACCAUGGAGACAACCUCACGGAGUUCUCCCAGCUUCACUUCUUUGAUCACCAUCACUGGGUCCACAUCCCAAAGUAUUGCCAGCUUCACUUCUUCAAUCACCACCACUGAGACCACCUCACACAGUACUCCCAGCAUCACUUCUUCAGUCACCACCGCCGAGAGGACAUCCCACAGCACUCCCAGCUACACGUUUUCGAUCGCCACCAGUGAGACACCCUCACACACUGUUCCCAGCUUCACUUCUUUGAUCACCACCACCAACAGCACAUCCCACAGUAAUCCCAGCUUGACUUCUGCCAUCACCACCACUGAGACCAGGUCACACAGUCCUCCCAUCUUCACUUCUGUGAUCACCACCACAGAGACCACCUCACACAGUACUCCCAGCUUCACUUCUUCAAUCACCACCAUGGCGACAACCUCACAGAGUGCUCCCAGCUUCACUUCUUUGAUCACCGUCACUGGGUCGACAUCCCACAGCACUCCCAGCUACACUUCUUCAAUCGCCACCAUCCUCCCAGCUUCACUUCUUUGA